AUGGCCUCCCAAGACUCGGCUGGCAAGAAGGACGGUAGCAGAAGACGUCGUCCUCGUGGUCCAAAUCAUGGCGGUCGUGCUGCUCGCGCUCGUCGCGAAGCUCGUCGCGCCGCUCGCGCCCUUGCCGACAAUGUUGCGCCUGCAACUGGUUCGAACGAAGAUCCUGCCGACACUACGCCUAGGACUCAGCAGGCAGAGAAUGAGACUCGUGGGGCCCAAGAAAGCGACACACAACCGAUCAAACAGUCGGCGGAAAAGACGAGGCGUGAAAUGCGUCGUGAAGAAUUGCGUAGCCGAGAAGCAGCGCGUCUUGAAGCAGCACAGCGCGAAGUGCGCCGUGCCAUAACACGGCUGGAGCGCUUCCGAGAGGAUCUUCUCAAGCAACACUAUCCGGAUGGAUUUGUUCCAGAAGGCACCUAUGGACACAGCGCAGCAGGGUAUCAGAGGGAACGAGAGGAAGCUGUAAAGUUGCUUCUCAUGCUUGAGAUGGACGAGGAGAUGGAUCAGGGAAUCAGGUCGUUGUAG